AACGAGAGAGAAUAAUGUUACAGUUUCCGACAUUGAUGAGUCAGUUUCCGACAUCCACGAAGACGAUUCCGGCGUCGCAUCUGCUACCUAUACAAUGGCCUCAGCCUCAGAACGAAGAGAUUCUUCUCGCCAUGGAAGAAGCCGAGUACGAAGAAAAGUGCAACGAGAUAAGAAAGAUGAGUCCCAGCUUACCGGUGAUAGGAAAACCAGUCGUUGACAACCAUCAAGAAGAAGAUGACAAUGAAGCAGAUGACGAUGAUGAUGCAGACAAUGCUGAGGAGUCUGAUGGUGAAGAGUUCGAGCAAGAAACCGGUUAAAUAACCCUCCACAACAAAUAAAAAGAAGUUUAAUGAUGGCAUUAGCUUUGAUUUAGAGGAUACAUUCUUCUAAUAAUACAGUGCCAAAACAACUGGGGUUGUGACAUAUGUUUCUCAGAAUUUUAGUCAUGGGUUAUUAGUUGUUUGGUUUCAUGAUGUUUAUUUUGUUACCAUGAAAAUGUUAAAUUUGAGAUGCGUGUGGUACCUUGAAAGCGUCAAGUAUUUUGGCCCAAUUUCGUGUAAUGUGUGAUGACUUUUCAGCAAAAAACAAAAGUUGCAAUUAGUUUAAGAAGAAAACAUGAGAUGUGUGUGGU